AUGUCUGGACGUGGCAAAGGAGGCAAAGGUCUCGGCAAAGGCGGCGCCAAGCGUCACCGCAAGAUCCUCCGCGACAACAUCCAGGGAAUCACCAAGCCCGCGAUCCGUCGUCUCGCUCGCCGUGGUGGUGUCAAGCGUAUCUCCGCCAUGAUCUACGAAGAGACCCGUGGUGUCCUCAAGACUUUCCUCGAGUCCGUCAUCCGUGACGCUGUCACUUACACCGAGCACGCCAAGCGCAAGACUGUCACUUCCCUCGAUGUCGUCUAUGCUCUUAAGCGCCAGGGCCGUACCCUCUACGGUUUCGGUGGUUGA